UUUCUUUAGUUUGUUUUCGCCUAUCAUUUGCUGUGCUUGCUAUUGAAUCAUUUAGGUGUUAUUUUUUAAUCUUCAACUGAAGUCGAAACGAAGUAAAACUGUAUAAUGCAUCUCUUAGACCUACCAGACACUGUGUUGAUGGACAUAUUGGAGCUACUCACGUACGAUGAGGUAGCGAGAAAGCGUGAGGUUUGCGCUCGCUUCAAUUAUAUUUGCCAACAGGUAUUGAACACGGGCUUCAAUAAAGUGGUACAGGAGCAUGCAAAGAAUUUCAAAAGAAUUAAAUCACUGCUGCCACGUCGCGAAUCAGAGCGUCGUAAUCAUAUGCUCGCACGCCACUCAGACAUCCUGACUUCCAUAGAGACACGCAUUUCAAUGCUCACAAUGACCUACUCCAAGUUUAUUGAUCUGAACAUUUGCUGCUUUAUACCAGGACGAGUACUGGAUGAAAUUAAUAGUAUAUUGAAGCUGUUGGGCGGCACAUCGAAGCCUCUGCGUCCUCACGAAGUGCUGCAAGAACUGCGCGACAUCUCCUCAAUGGCAAUUGAGCACUUUGAUGAGAAAAUUGCUGUCAACUUUAAAACAGCCAUUAAAAUGAACGAGACCUCGGGUUCAGGUAGCGCGCGUGUUGUUGUCUGCGGUGCCUUGGGCGACAUUAGCUUCAACGGCGUCAAGGUCAGCCCUUUGAAGAAAGUUCAGUCAUCCCAUCAGCACCCGCAGCAGCUCCAGCAAGCGCAAUGUCACAAUAUGCUUUGCAUGAACCAGAAAAGCGACGCAUUGCUGCAACAAGCACUGCUAUUAGCCAAGACACUGCCAGCCAACGCUGAUGGCACUGAUACCACUCAAUGCAAUUGCAAUCGUAACCGUCUAACGCGACAACUUCAGCGCCAAUGGCAAACACAAAAGCUGCUGACAUCGAAAGUGCGCCUGCUAGAAAGUUCACGAAAGGCACAGGAGCGUCGUCUGCAAGAGGCGUUGGGCAGCAUUACUGAACUGGCAACCCAAGUGUCCGAGUUAAAGCGUCAGCUAGAGGACGUCUUGGCCAAGGGCAAAAGCAUGGAAAGCAGCACAACUGCUGCAAGUGGCGCUGUAAAACGCCCUACAGUGGCCACCGAGUGUUUGCCGCCGACCAAGAAACCAAAAGCUUAGUGCUUCCUAAUGUAGGCUGUAUAGAUCGUACUUAGGAUUUGGCCAUAGGUUAAGCACUGUACUUUCGAAUACUGAAUCGCAUAUACAUAUAUACGAAUGGAUGUGAUUGUGAGGUAAGAUAAUGUAGUCUUGAUAAAGCUGCUGCCGUUAAUUAGGAUUAAAGAUUAAAUACAUACAUGUACUCUUUAGAAUAACACAGGAGAAGAAAAAAAACUUUACCGUGCAACUUGUAAUAUUUCGAGUUAAGAUUUAUUGUUGCACUUGUUAUUUAAAUAUUGUAUUACACUUUUACAACUAUAUAAAUACAUAGAACAUCUAUAUUAAACUUCUCAUUAUACCCCAUUUGAAUUGAAAAAUGGACUGCCGCCUAGUUAUUUUUCAUUACUAUUUUUUUACAUUGUCAAAUGUUGUGUUUGUGUGUGUUUAUCCAUUUUCUAUAUAGCACUGGUAGAUGAUAAAUAAUGUAUACAUGUAUAUUUUAAAAGUACAUUACAUCAAACUGGAACAUCUAUGAAAUGUAACGCUAUAUCAGCUGCAAGAUUUGCCAGGAGUUUAGGAAGUUAUUCUUGCUUUAGAUUAGUUUGGUUACGGCUCUGGGCCAACUGCUAUUUCUAUUGUUAUUGCUAUUGCUAUCUAAGAAUACGUCUCCCAUUCAUAUUAGAUGUCUAUAUAUGUUGCUUAUGGUAAUUGUUAAUCGUAUAAAAGGUAGUAGAAAUUGCCACUCGUUAGCGGUGUGAUUAAAUCUUUGUAUUAACUUACGGCGAGCGCAAGCUCUUGACUUAAUUGUAAGCUAACUAAUUCCUAAGUUGAUUCUUUCAGCAUAUAUAUACAUAUACAAUCAAUAACACACAGGAUAUAUCUAUAUAUAUAUACUCAGCAAU